AUGGACCACGACCUGAGUCUCUCCCAAUCGCUGGGUGGCCUGCGCAUAGCAAACCCAGAUAACACUGCUGCUGGCUCCCAUCAACCAGUUCCGGUCGAUGCCAGACUUGCUGGUCCUCCUGUCUCAUACACGGGCACCGCAGAAACACUUCCUCAUAAUUCUACUCGGCGGCCGUCUCCAUCACAAUCACCGCCGCUCCCGAUCUCCAGAGACAGCCGAGCAUCUACCGACCCCCAGCUGUCACACUCACAAGCGCAAUCUCGCAGACAUUCAAUCUUCAAUCGCCUCCGACGUGGUGAGUCUGGUCCCGACUCUGCGACCGUCCCUUCACGAACUCCACCGCCGUCCGAACGCAAAGCACCACGAGCCGACUCGAACGGUGGCUUGUCUCCCAAGACCUCCAACGACCCUCUAGCACGAGCAGCAGCAGCAAAGGCAUACCGUCAGUCGAUGCCCUUCAACCACCAAGCUCAACAACAAGCACUCUACCCCCCUUACCAAUCGAAUGCGAUGCAGACCGGCAACAGAGGAUAUCCCCCUCCGGGCAACAAUCGGCCGGUGUCUGGCGUCUAUUCUGCUCAACCACCCCCAGGAGCCAUUCCAUCGCGAGAGCACGGCUCAUAUCGACUUCGACACGAGCCAUCAGACCCAUCGAUGUCGGGACAGUCUGGAAUGCCGGUGAGGAGUGCUUCGCGGAGCACUGCAGUUGCAAUGCAAGCUGGUGUGCCAUCGCGAGAAGGCAGUCAUAGGGAUCGAGCGUACGGACAAAGUAAUCAGAUGCCAGGAGGGAACGGACCUAUGCCCCCGAGAAGAAGUUCAAGAGGAAUGGGUGGUGGAAAUAUAGACCAACCAGCUUCGGGGCCCUCGAACGGUGGCCCGGCUCCGUUAUACGAUGCAGAAGGGAACCCAUUACCAAACACGACCGAAGACUGGAAAGAUCGAGGUGCGGCAGUGGGCGUAAGGGAGGAGUAUGAUGCGAAUGGGAAACUGGUCCUGAAGCAGGUGAAGAAAGGAGUGAAAGAUUUUGCAUUUGGUCGGACGUUGGGCGAAGGUUCAUACAGUACAGUACUACUGGCGACGGAUAGACAGACAUUGAAGGAGUAUGCGGUCAAGGUUUUAGACAAGAAGCACAUAAUCAAGGAGAAGAAGAUCAAGUACGUCAAUAUUGAGAAGGACGCUCUAAACCGACUGAUCGAGCAUCCUGGUAUCGUUCGAUUAUACUACACCUUCCAGGACAACUCAUCGCUUUACUACGUUUUGGAUAUCGCGAAUGGUGGAGAGCUGUUAGGUGUCCUGAAGAAGAUCGGCUCUUUUGACGAAGAGUGUACGCGAUUCUACGGCGCUCAGAUUCUCGAUGCGAUAGAGCACAUGCAUAAUAGAGGAGUGAUACACCGAGAUCUCAAGCCCGAGAAUGCGUUGAUGGACGAUCAAAUGCACAUCAAAAUUACCGACUUUGGGACAGCGAAACUACUCCCAGACCCCAGAAAGCCGAAAGACCAAACGGGGUACGAUCCUUCUGGAGCAACCGAUGAAGAGUCGACCAGAGCAAAAUCUUUUGUAGGAACGGCCGAGUACGUCAGCCCCGAGCUUUUGACGGACAAAAAUGCUUGCAAAGCAAGUGAUUUGUGGGCCUUUGGCUGUAUAAUAUACCAGCUACUAGCUGGACGACCGCCGUUUAAAGCUGGAAAUGAAUACCAGACUUUCCAGAAAAUUGUUGGUCUCGAAUACGAGUUCCCACCUGGCUUUCCACCCGCGGCGAGAGAUCUGGUAGAGAGGCUCUUGGUCCUCGAUCCACAAAGACGACUAUCAAUUGAGCACAUUAAGAAUCAUGAAUUUUUUGAGGGUAUCAAAUGGGGUCGCGGCCUUUGGCGACAAAAGGCUCCUAGACUCAAGCCCUAUGUACCACCAACUCAGGAGCCUUCUUUGAUAAAAUUGAACGGUUAUUCUGGUACGCCACCUCAGCAGAUUCCAUCAGCCAGAGGCCCGCUUCCAGCAACCACUUCUAACGGGAACACUCGACCACAACCAAGAGUCAUCACAGAACUACCUCCACCAACCCAAUUGGAUAUCGAGUGGUCGCCUGUUCUCACACGUAAUAACGAGCGCAUUCUAAAGCUGGGUAACCUGAAUGUAUUAAACGCUCCAGCUGCCCAUAGUCCAAACUCGAAACAUGGCGACCAUGGAGAGGCACAAGAAAAGAAAGGCUUUGCCCGAUUUUUUGGCGGAAGUACCACGAAGAAGAGACAAAGACUGGUGAUGAUAACAUCCAGUGGUCGGAUUCUCAUGCUCGCGUCUGGGGGCGAUGAGAAAAAGACCAAGUCUGAGAUAUCACUUCUUGCAUCAGAGUGUUCUUGGAGAACGCAGAUAGAUGCCAAAGGACAGGAAGUGUGGUGUGUUGAUACUCGAGGGACACACUAUACUUUUGAGGAUUGUAAAUCAUCAGUUCCGGCAAACGAUUCUACGAAGACCACCGCCCGAGAAUGGAUCGAGUCACUUGAAAAAGCAAAGGAUAUGGCACUCUCACAAAACAUGAGUGGGUCUUACGCCAGUGAAAACGGAUUUGACAUGCCUUCGUCUCUUUCAAGCCCUACUAGCACAAUCCAUGCGGGAAGCAGCGUCUAUGGCGAAGGAUUCGGGGUUUCAGACCGUUCCGGUCGUAAUCAUCUAUCCAAAAGUCAAGCUAGCCUGGGCGGAUUCGGGGAUGAGCAAAGCGAGAAAUCAAGCAAAUCGAGACACCGAUUCAGUAAACGACAAUCUAAAAAUGGUCUAUCGACACCAUUCUAA